AUUGCGACAUUUCGCUGGACUAGUUUCCGGCAAAAACAUAUGCACGUGUGUAUUCUCAAAAUUAUCGAUAUUUUGCCUUUAUUUCCAAAGUAUGGGACGAAAAAGGGACCCACUGGAGCAGAAAUUUUCGGGGAAAGGACGGAAAGCGAAGAAACAGCCGCCACCGAUGUUACAGAAGACGAUGAAAGAUGAAGAUGAUUCAGAGAAAAAAUUAAGCAGCCAUCAGAAGAAAAGGUUUAAGAAAAGGCUUGAAAAGGCAGAAAUACGUAAAAAAGAGAAAAUUGAAAAACUGAAAAGCAAGGAAGCUGCAAGAAGGAAUUCUAUAAACAAGCAACCAAACCAGUUAUCAAAUGCACAACAAAACAAGGGAAAAUCACAGCAGAAAGGAGCUGGAAAACAAAAUGGAAAGAAUGCAAAGUUUCAGCAGAAUCUGCAGAAAACACAGAAGAGGAAGUUAGAAGAUGAUUCUGACGAAGAAUCAGAGUCAGAUGAUGACUCUUCAGAUGAAAGCGAAGAUGAGAUAAUGGACACUGCACCAGCUGGAAAAUCCAAACAGUUAAUGAAUGAAGAUGAAGACAGUGAGGAAGGAGAUGAUAGUGAGGAAGAUGAUGAUGAUGAUGAUGAUGAUGAUGACAGUGAUGAGUUGGGUGAUGAAUUUGAUACUAGUCAACAGAUUGAUGAUAAUGAGGAUUCAGAAGAUGAAGAUGAUGAUGAAGAGGAGGAGGAGGAGGACAGUAAAGUGAAAGGUUACACUGAUGAGAACAGCUCAUGGUUGAAACCAGCUGGAAAAGGGAAACAACUCAUGACUGAAGACAGUGAUGAUGAUGAGGAUGAUAGUGAUGACAUGGCUGAUGAAUUUGAUGAUGACUCUGAUGAAGAUGAUGAUGAUGGUGAAGAAGAUGAUGAUGAGAUGUUGCCAGUUGAAAAAGCUGCCAAGAAAUUAAAGAAGAAGGAAAAGAAGGAUAAGAAGCUUGCUGAAGAAGAACUUCAAACAAACAUAGCACAGACAGAGAAAUACACACUGCCCAGUGGACAGGAAAUAGAAAAGGAAGCUGCCACAUCACCAGAUCUGGCUAUGGUUCAGCACAGAAUUAAAGAUGUUAUGCAUGUAUUGGCUGAUUUUAAAGAAAGAAGAGAAGAGGGAAAGUCAAGACAUGAGUAUCUUGGACAGCUGAGAAAAGAUUUAUGCAUGUACUACAGUUACAAUGAAUUUCUCAUGGAAAAGUUGAUGAGCAUUUUCCCAGCAGAGAUUGUUGACUUCUUGGAGGCUAAUGAAGUUCAAAGACCUGUUACUAUAAGAACCAAUACAUUGAAGACAAGAAGGAGAGAUCUGGCACAGGCCCUGAUCAACAGAGGGGUCAAUCUAGACCCUAUUGGAAAAUGGUCUAAAGUUGGAUUGGUCGUCUAUGAUUCACAGGUUCCUAUAGGUGCCACACCAGAGUAUCUUGCCGGCCACUAUAUGUUACAGGGUGGGUCUAGUUUUCUGCCAGUGAUGGCGUUAGCACCACAGGAAGGGGAGAGAAUUCUUGAUAUGAGUGCUGCUCCAGGUGGCAAAACUACAUAUAUAGCUGCCUUGAUGAGGAACACAGGUAUGUUGUUUGCCAAUGAUGCCAACAAGGACAGGUCUAAAGCCAUUGUUGGAAACAUCCACAGAAUGGGUAUAACAAAUACUGUUGUGUCAGAAUACGAUGGUCGUCAGUUCCCAGAGGUGUUGAAGGGAUUUGAUCGUGUGUUACUGGAUGCGCCCUGUAGUGGUACAGGGGUCAUUGCCAAGGAUCCUGAGGUGAAGAUCAAUAAAGAUGAGACAGACAUACAGAAAUGUUCACACUUACAGAAGGAAUUGAUUCUAGCAGCCAUUGAUUGCUGUGACGCUAAUUCUAAAACAGGAGGCUAUGUUGUGUAUUCUACAUGCUCAGUGAUGAUUGAAGAGAAUGAGUGGGUAAUAGAUUAUGCUUUGAAGAAACGUAAUGUUAAACUGGUCCCUGCAAGUCUCGAUUUUGGAAAAGAAGGAUUUGUUAAUUUUGAAAAAUUCCGGUUCCAUCCAAAUAUGAAGAUGACUCGAAGGUUUUACCCACACACUCACAAUCUGGAUGGAUUCUUUGUGGCAAAGCUGAAAAAGUUUUCUAACAAGAUACCUGGUAAAGAAGAAAAAAGUGGAGAAGGCUCUGUCGGAGAAUUAGGAGGAUUUUUCAAGUCGGAGAAUGAAGAUGAAGAGGACCAAGAUUCAUCAGUAGAGGAAACAGCUUCAGGUGAAGAGGAAAAGGAGACUGGUUCACCUAAAAAAUCUAAAGACAAAAAGAAAGAAAAAGAAGGCAACCAGUCAAAAGAAGUUUCUGAAUACAGUAAAGACAGUAAAUCACCACAAAGACAAAAUAAAAAACACAAAGGAAACCAAAAUGAGAAAAAUACGGACAAUAAACCAAAUAAGAAAUCCUUUUUCUUUGCACGGAGAAAGGGGAAAGGUGGGAAAAAAGGAAAUAAAUCAAACUUUAAACCUGGAAAGAACAAAAAAUUCAAGUCUGGAGGCCCAAAAAGAUAGGGACACAGGAUUUUGGUGAUAUUUUUAAAUCUUAUUAAAACUGGUAGCUAACUCGUCCAAUCCUAAAAUGGCUGAAGCGUGGGGAAUAGCGAGUUUCCUACCUGCUAAUAGCAACGGAUGAUCGACUGUACCAUACUGAUAGCUUGUUGUGAAAAAGAUAAAAAUCACUAAAAUCUUGAAGUCGUAAGGUAUGGGAAUACAGAUGUAUGUGUAUUUACAAAUGAGAAUGAAAUUUGUGAAACAUUUAAAAAUUAAAAAUUUGCAAUGAAAUUAAAACCAGAUAAUCUUUGUGAAAGCAGGCUUUGAAAUAGAAAGGGAAAAAAUUAGGAUGAGCAAAAGUGAACAGUGAAGGGUAGGAUAAAGGACUGUAUGUGUACAGUAUUUUUUGUAUACUGUACAUUAGCAAUGGAAGUGGUUAGCAUUUAAUUAAGUAAAAACUUAAACCUGCGUUAGCAGUUGUCUGUAUUAAGCAAUCAGUCAGCUAACUUCCAAAAUUGAUACUUUGUUCAAAUUUGAACCAGCCCAGAGUUAUUUUCCCUUAUUGAUGGUAGACAGUUCCAACAUAUUUCAAUUUGAUUUGACUGGAUUUCAGUGAAGUUACAUUUUUUCACUCCUGAAUUUUUAUUGUUCAAAAUUUUCAUCUCGGUAGUUACAUAAUACUAUAUAUUUUGCUUGUAAUACGAAUAUAAAAAUCCAAGAAAUAAUGCAGAAAUGCUAAACUGAUUUCUUUUUAUGGCACUGUGACUUGCACUGAUAAACAUAUAAACAAUGAAAAACGAAAGUAUUUUUGAGUACAGUCAAAGAAUUAGACAAGUGACUUACAGCAAAACAUGAACAGAUUGAAGACUUCUUUAACCCUUACCCUGCUAAAUAUCUAAAAUGGACCAGUCCAUCAUUCAAUCUGGGCCAUACCACUUAUUAUUCAAAGGGGUGUUCACUGAAAAAUUACUGACUGAAUAGCGAACAGUGCAGACCAUGAUCAGACUGCACGGAUGUGCAGGCUGAUCUUGGUCUGCACUGGUCGCAAAGGCAGAAUCAAUUGCCGCCAGCAGGCUAAGGGUUAAGGUUGUGGCAUAAAUGACAAUUUUCCUGCAGAUUAUGGGAGCAUUUGAUUGACUAGACAUUGCCAAGCUUGUGGCCAUUAUACAACUGUAUGGUUUCACCAUCCUCACACAAAUUGCUUUGAAUUAGGGAUGAUUGUUUGACAUCAUUCCUGCACUGAGGUUGAUGUCCUAAUUGUAAGUAAAUUGUAAGUACAAGUACUUGUCCCUUUCUGUUAAGAGAUUCCUUUGGAAAUAAGCGUUCAACUGUGCAUGGGACAGUUUUAUGUUGAUAUUGAAUGAUACAGUUUCUGAGCUUUUAUAAAGGGGCUGACCAGAAUAUAAACCUGUACUUUGCCAAAGACAGUUUUGAAUAAAGUAAAGUACAUUUCAUUAUUUUGAUAAUAUUCCCAAGUACUAUAUUACUAUUAAAGGAAAGUCUUAACUUUUAGAGUGCAUGGAAUUCAAGGCAUGGAUUCCCCCCACCCACUAGAUAUAUCUACUUGUUGGUGUUUUGAAGGUAUAGGAGAAACAGUAAUAUUAUUGAUUGGAAAUUAGAAAUUAUUUGCUCAUUUUCUGAAGUAAUUUUAAUAUACUGAAAAUGGUCUAUUAUAAUAUCAAAUAAUUUGUGUAUUGCAGAAAUUGUUUAUGGACUGUAAAAUGUGAAAUUUUCCCAAGGGGUUUGUUUUUGCUAUGCUCACUAUAUAUCUAUAUUUGCAAAAAAAAAACUUGUGAAAGUGUCAUUUUUGUACUAAAUAGCCUUACUUUCACAGUUUAGCGGUAUAUUGCAAAUAUCCUGCUAUACGAACUGAUUUCAAUUCUAGAUAUUGCAAACUUUUAGCCUCACGGAAAUAUUCCAUUUUAAAGUAUUUGUUAAUAUCAUCUUGUUAAUGAAAUAUAUGUAAAUAAAAUUAGCAUGAAAUGGAAGAUGAUACUUGUGCUGUUUUAACUCUUUCACCUGAUGGAAAUAAAGAUUCUAUUACCCUUGU